CUCAUGAGGAGCAGUUUGACAGAUCGUUAAAUCGGGACCCGUCGGUUGCCGGUACGGCUCCGGAGGAGGGUUCCCGAGGUAACAGGAAUACUGUUGCUGCGACCAGCGCAAGGACCCUGCGGCGUUAGCGAGACGAAGUCACUAGCUGUUGGUGCACUGGCCCUUGAGAGCCCGAACUAGCUCUGUUUCUACAAACAGUCUGACCUAUAUCUGCUGUCUAUAACCCUAAACACAAGAAAGUCUGCAGAUGCUGGAAAUCCAAAGCCAGACACACAAAAUGCUGGAGGAACUCAGCUGGUCAGGCAGCAUCUAUAGAAAUGAAUGAAUGAACUGUCGAUGUUCCAACCUACUGAGCUUCACCAUCAUUUUGUGAACUUUUCAGUACGCAGCUACUGACUGAUGGAUAAUCAGGAGUGCCAGUCUCGUGUCAGAUGCUUUCAUAUCCACAGACUCCCUCGGAACCACCAAAGAUACCUUUGCUACACGCUCCCUGGCCCACAUAUCUUCAACCUCUGUGUUACCAAUGUUGUGGAUGUUUGGAGCACAGCUUUCAGUCAGCAAAAGCUGGAGGAGCAUAAGUCUGCACAUGGGAUAAAAACCACUGAAGAGUACCACACUAGGACCAGAGAAGCUUUCCUGAAGGAUGCAGUCCAUCUUACCGUUCUGGACAACACAAUUAUACUCAAACUUAGCCAGGAUGGCCAGGAUCUAAUUUUUGACCUGUACAAGUUACCCAUUUCUGAGGCAAAAACGGAGAUCCAGUCUGUGAUGUUUCAUUUGGUGGACCAAGUACAUAACCUGCAAAAGCAAAUAAAAGCAUUUGAAGAAAGCAAUGCUUUAAACUUGGGGAAUAUGAUGCAAAGAACACAAAGGAUGUUCCUAACAGCGGAAUUUGACUCCAAGAUGAAGAAUAAUGAGCCUGGAUCUUCAACAGUGGCCAGGAAGAGACUGGCCGGAGAGUCCCUGAUAAAUCCAGGCAGGAAGAGAAAUAAAGCUCCCACUGGAGUGAGUUUUGAAGACAACAGCCUUGAUGAGAGUGAGUGAAGUUCCCACUGAAAACAAAUCGAACUGAAUUCAAAAUGAAUUGGAUGAAGAUAUUUAUUAUUAAGUGCACUCUGACGUAACCUAUUUUUGUUAUUACAUUCAAUUUAUAUGUACUUGUUUAACAAUUCAUGAUGAGCUAUUUGAUGAGGAAUUUUAAAUUAAAGAGUGAAAACUA